UUUAGUACAUGGGCAAAGACAGACAAUAUUCAUUAUGUUUAUUUGUUUAAAAUAGAGAAACCAAAGAAAGACUGAGAACUAAAAAACAGAACAUUGGGAGUGAGAAAAAAGGACAGAAAGAAGAUACUGAAGCAAACUUCAAGAACUACAAACUGACAGUCUGUGACGCAUGAUGGAGGCAGGAGAGGACUCCGAUCGUCACUACAAUUGUCCAGCUCUUCCAGAGAUAAAGGCCAUUAUAAUCGGCAGUAAAGCAGAGUACAAACGCAGUGCAGCUGAUACCAUUUUUGGUCAUAUUGACUGUAAAGUGAGAAAAGAGAUAGUCAAGAGUGAGAUGAAACAGAGGACAGUUCAGAACAGGUCUGUUACUUUGGUAAUGACACCAGGAUGGUGGAGGAGCGUCACACUGGGAGAGAGUGCAAAGUAUUUAAAGAUGGAGAUUGUGCACAGUUUAAGACUGUGUCCUUCUCCACAUGCCUUUCUUCUAGUCAUCAAUCUACACAAACAUCAAUUUACAGUUAUGCACCUAAAAAGUGUGGUGGAACACAUGGAGAUUUUUGGUGAGCAGAUCUGGAACCACACCAUCGUUCUGCUCAUGUAUGACAACACAGAUCAGAGACAUGCAGACAGCAAGCAGCUAAUUGAGAGAGCAGGGAAAGAGCUUGAUAUUGUAAUAAAGAAGUGUGGGAACAGAGUUCAUGUCUUCAAUUAUACUGACAGCAAGGGGAUAAAUGUGGAAAAACUGUUCCGUGAGAUAGAGAACUUGGUAGCUCAGCAUGAAGGACAGUCCUUUAAAAUUGACAGCAAACUGUUUGAAGAUAUGGAGGAAAAGAGACGAAAUGUGAAGAAACAAGCAGAAGAGAGAUCCAUCCAAAUAAAAACUAAGAUGCAAAACUUGAAAGAACGUCUAACAGAGUUUUUUCCAGAGUUAAGGAUUGUCCUAAUGGGUGGCAAUAUUGUUGGGAAGACCUCAGUGGUGAAUACAAUCUUAAAAAUUAAACAAGAGAAGAGCGUGACAAGAAAAUGUGUGAUGAGUGAAGGAGAGGCUGACAAGAGAAAAGCCAUUUUAAUUGACACACCUGGAUGGUGGCCGUACGCGUCUGUAAAGGAGACUUCAGAGUCAGUCAAGCAGGAGAUCAUAUGA